UCGGGUGCCUGCUCCCGGAGCUAGCAUGACAGAAGUGCUUUUGCUCGGGCGGAGGAGACCCGAGGUGCGUGGUGGCCCUGGUCCUCCUUGGGAAGUGGAGAUGGAGUCCUGAUGUUGGAGUCUUGUUGGCUGCCUGCAGGGCAGGCGGCGGGGAGCCUUAGGGGCAAGUCCUGCGCUGGGAACGCCCCCUUACUGCCGCGCCAGCGUCCCGCCUCAGUUUGUCCCAACACCCCUGCCUCAUACCCCUGGACGCUUUACCCCAGAUGCCACGGCUGCUGUGUCUAAAUUAGUGUUCUCUGUGAGCCAUCUCCGUUGCUAGCACUCUCUGCUGACCUUCACACUUAUCCUGACCCCCUUCACUGGCUCAUCUUGCUAGAGGCAUUCAGGCCCCUGGCCCAGCUCCCCUCAACGGGCCUCCUCUCCAGGAGCACCAACAGCGCCCUCUGCAAGUCUCCCCAGGGAAAAUACAGCAGAGGCGAAUACCAUGGGGCAAACAGCGAAUGAAGAUCAUUUUGACUGGGACAAGUACUUGAAAGAGACUGGAUCUGUCAGUGCUCCUUCGGAAUAUUUCAGACAGUCUAAGACUCCACCAACUAAUGAAUUCCAAAUUGGUAUGAAAUUGGAAGCCCGUGACCCUCGCAAUAUUGAUUCGGUGUGUGUUGCUUCGGUCAUUGCAAUUACUGGAGCCAGAUUACGUCUACGACUGGAUGGUAGUGACAAUAAGAAUGAUUUUUGGAGACUUGUGGAUUCAUCAGACAUACAGCCUGUUGGGACAUGUGAACAAGGAGGAGAUUUACUUCAGCCUCCACUGGGGUACAGAAUGAAUACUUCAUCAUGGCCCAUGUUCUUACUACGUGUACUAACUAGAUCUGAACUGGCACCUGCAGUGUUCUUUAAGGAGGAACCACCACGUCCACCCCAAAAUAAUUUUAUAGUUGGGAUGAAGAUUGAAGCUGUCGAUAGAAAAAAUCCAUUUAUGAUCUGUCCUGCCACAAUUGGAGCUGUCUGUGGAGAUCAACUUCACAUUACUUUUGAUGGAUGGAGUAAAGCAUUUGAUUAUUGGUGUGACUAUGACUCCCGAGACAUCUUCCCAGUUGGAUGGUGUCGCCUCACAGGAGAUGUAUUACAGCCACCAGGAAGAAUUCCUGAAAGAAGACCAAGGCGCAGAAGAACGACCAGACAAUGGAGAUUUAGAAACAUUUAUAUGAAAAAUAUAGAAGCAGCCCCAGAAGCUGCAGAAGAACCUGGGACCGCUGCAGAAGAACCUGGGACCAGUGCAUCUACAGAACCUGGGACCAGUACAUCUACUUUUGGAAAUAAAGACAGAACUUUGAAAGAUUACCAAGGAGGUUGGAAAAAACCCAAGGGCAGAGGAUUCACCAAACCUGGAAAAGAUGAAGCCACACCUGGGAAACAUGACCAAGGAGCCCCAGCUGGGAAAAAACCCAGGGGCAGAGGCUUCACCCAACCUUUGGAAGAUGAAGCCAGACCAGGAAGAGAUGUCCAAGUAGCCCCAGUUGAGAGAAAAACAAAGGGAAAAGGAGUUUCCAAACCUUGGAAAGACCAGGCCACACCUUUUGAAGAAGCAGCAGAAGCCCCAGCUGAGAAAAAACGCAAGGGCAAAACAGUCACCACACCUUGGACUGAGGAACCCAGACUUUUUGCAGAUCAAGGAGGUGCCCCAGCUGAGAAAAAACGCAAAACAGUCACCACACCUUGGACUGAGGAACCCCGACUUUUUGCAGAUCAAGGAGACGCCCCAGCUGAGAAAAAACGCAAGGGCGAAACAGUUACCACACCUUGGACUGAGAAACCCAGACUUUUUGCAGAUCAAGGAGGAGCCCCAGCUGGAAAAAAAUCCAAGGGCAAAAGAGUCACCAAAUCUCGUAAAGACCUAGCCCAGUUUUUAGCAGAUGAAGAAGCAAUGCCAGCUCUUUUCUCAGCUCUUAGUGUGAGCGGUACAGAGGAAACACCACUUUCUUCCUCUGAACAACCAAAGUCUUCUACCUCUGGGAAAACAAAGUCCACCUCCAAAGGGGCUCGAUCUUCAAGGAAGUCUCCACCAACAAGUGUUGUGCAGCCAGUACCAAAGACCAGCAAGAAAGCAGGAAAAUCUAAGUCGACUAGAAGUACUUCACCCCCUAAGAAAGGCAUUACUAUUAAAAUCGUCCUACCAAAAAAGAAGGAUGGAAAGUCUAAAGAAACGGAAGAAAGUGUUCCAGUUACUUCUACAUCUUCAGCUUUAAGUUCACUAAGUUCUUCAUCUGAUAAGAAUUCUGCGGGGCCAUCUAAAAUACCGAUGUCUACAGUCUGUGUGUAUAUAAAUAAACAUGGAGAUUGUGGCCCCUUCCUGGAUCCACAGAAGGUUCAGCAACUACCUAACCACUUCGGUCCAGGCCCUGUGAAUGUCAUUCUUCAGCGAACUGUGCAGGCCUGUGUCGAUUGUGCCUUUCAGACCAAGGAUGUGUUUCUAUUUCUUAAAUCAGAUAAUAGAGGAGGAGAAAUGAUAACUGCCUUCUUUGAUGGGAAAGUUCAUACUGUUCAGCUCCCUCCAGUGAAUAGUGCAUCAUUUGCACUUCGCUUUCUUGAAAAUUUCUGCCAAAGCCUGCAGUGUGAUAACUUUUUGAGUAGCCAGCCUUUCGGACACAAGGCUCACGUUUCUACCCCAACUACAGACACUGAUAAAAGCAAACCAGAAAAUGGGGAACCAAAGGAAAAGAGAAGCCUCAAACGAUUGUCUCUGCAUCCUCGCCAUUCUGCUCCUGUCUCAUCUAAGGUUCCCAGAAAGUCUGGGCGAGCAUCUAAAGCUUCAAGUUAUAUAGCUGUACCUGACCCCAGUGUCCUGAAACAAGGCUUCUGUAAGGACCCUUCAACCUGGUCUGUGGAUGAAGUGAUACAGUUUAUGAAACAUACUGAUCCUCACAUAUCAGGCCCCCUCGCCGACCUCUUCAGGCAACAUGAAAUUGAUGGGAAAGCUCUGCUACUACUGAAGAGUGAGCUACUGAUGAAGUAUAUGGGGCUGAAACUAGGACCAGCAUUAAAACUUUGUUAUUACAUUGAAAAACUUAAAGAAGUAAACCAUAAUUGAAAAUGUGCAAAUUUAGUUUAUAG